UAGGAAGGGAUACAGACUCCAGCCUCUCGUCUCUCUUCCACCCCAUCACCCCAUCCCCUCCCUCUCUCUGCUCAGCCUGCGUGGUGGUCUGGUUCACAUUUAAAACCACAUGUUGCUGUGUGUGUGUGUGUGUGUGUGUGUGCAUGAGGAGUGAAUGAGGAGCUUUGCGCAGCAGCAGCUUGAAUGGGACGGGGCGGAUAUGCCAGCCUGCCUGUCUGCCACCGGCGUGCACGUGGCUGGAAGAUCUGAACUCCAAACUGGACCGUUCCAUCUCCUGCACACACGCAUGAGCGUUUCCUCACUGUGCAACGGGGAUAUGCGUAGAAGGACGGAGGUGCCAUUUCCAAACACCCAUGCCAUAUCCAGGCUGCAUUCCUGUUGAAUCACUGAAGCAAAAGAGGAAAGGAAGGGAUUUCUCCUCCGACAGAGGACGAUUCAAAACACUCCCAGAUGUGCGUGGCUUGUUUUUUUUACUUCAGCUUUUUUAAGAGAGGAAACUCCAUUUGGCUCUUGAGGUGUCUGCCCUCUCUGUGACAACUCUCCUCUUCUGAACAGUGGAACCAUCUGACUUGUCCGUGUGUAUUUGUAAAACAGAGUAAGCGUGACCUUGAGUCUGAGAGAGAGAGAGUGUGUGUGUGUGUGUGUGUAUGUGUGUGUGUUUGUGGGUGUGUGCGGUCUUGGAAAACUCCUCAAGGAGCAUUCCGUGUUUCCUUUAUGUGUAAGGGGACUGGCUCUUCAUAGUAAGCCGUCUGUAGAUUGUACCCCAGAGACCAGGAGACGUACAACAUGUGGACUCUGCUUUCCAUUUGGUUUCACGUGCUGCUGCUUGCGUAUGUCAGACUACUGAUGUUAGCGACGGAUGUCCUGGCUUCAAUCAGAGAAAUAAACCAGGAGAAGUGGGAGAAAGACAUCAGGUCAGCUGCAAGCCUGGAUGAGCUGCUCAUGUUGACUGACUUCCCAGACUGGAAGCUGUGGAGGUGUCGUCUAAAGCUGAAACAUGUUGACUCGGCCUCCUUCCCAGAAUUCCGUUCGCCCUCAGUGGGAUCGCACAGAUUUACACGCUUUGCUGCCAACUCUUACAGCCUGGAGGUACUCAAAGCCAUUGAUGAAGAGUGGCAGAAAACGCAGUGCAUGCCCCGGGAGACGUGUGUGGAUGUGGCUCAGGAGCUCGGCACUAGCAACGACAUGUUCUUCAAGCCACCAUGUGUCUCCGUGUUCAGAUGUAGUGGCUGCUGCAACAAAGAGGGGGUCACGUGCCGCAACACCAGCACCACCUAUGUUGAUAAAAUACUUCUGAGUGUGGUGCCGUUUAAGUAUGGGCCCGAGCCGAUGCUGAUCAGCGUAGCUAACCACACGGCGUGUAAAUGCCAGGAACCGCAGAUGAUUCGCAGACAAGCUCUGCCACACAGGAAGAGCGGGUGUUUUCCCAUUCGCCAGUCAGAAGACUCCAGAAGACUAUGUGACCGAGGGCUCAUAUGGGACUGUGUGGAGGAUCGGUGUGUACCUUAUCCCUCCAGCAAUCAAGCAAAAACUCCUUCCAACACAAAGGCAGAGGAUUGUGAAAUUGACAUUGAAAAAUGUGAAUGUAUUCCCAAAGAGGUGACAUCCACACGGAGAUAUGCUCCAUGUCUGUGUGCAGCCAGGAGGAGGCAAUUCAACCAUACGUCAUGCAGGUACUGCAAGAGAAAGUGAAAGCAUACACACAAUGCAUUCAUCACACCUCGGACAAUCUGCUUCUGCUGGAGCUGCGAUCGAAGAUACAUUCUAAUUUAUUUACAGUUUUAUUUAUAACACUGCUUUAUGCACACGAGUAUAACAUUUAACCCCACUUUUCACAUGACUGUGUUAAAUCACUUAACCUCAAAUAAAAGAACCAUCCCAGCCUAGUCAUGAUAUGUAAAUAAUAUACUGGUUCCUGUGCACUGAAUAUAGUAAAAUAUAAAAAUGUCCUACUAUAAAGAAUGGUAUGUUUGAAGUUAUUUCAUGUGAUGCAUGAGAAGCAUAUUGUGGAUGUGCAUAUGGUACAGUAUAUGAUAUUUAAUAAUUGUGUACAUAGUAAAUUCACUUCAAUCUAUUGACCAAACAUUUUCAUAUUGAGUCACACAAAAUAUGAUUUAGUCAUGAAAUGCUUAUUUCGUAUAUGUAUUCAGUGUGAUUCAGAAAAUGUUGGUUUUCAGUGUGAGACUAAGCCUUUGUGGAUUAUUUUAUUUUAUGAUGAUGGGACAUGCAGUAAAUGACCAUAGAAUACACAUUAUAAUGUACAGACCUGGCGCAAUGAAGUGCAAGAAAUAUUUUAUUGAUCUGUUUGAUGUGACGCCAUAUUUAUGACUGAAGGAUUCUGGAGUUCCUGACCGGCAUUUGUCAGAGACAGAUGUGUAGAGGUUUUAUGUUUAAUGUUGUUUCUUCCUUUACCAGUGGAUUUACUGAAUAAUAAAUAUCUUCCUGUACAGUAUGUAUCUUCUGGCCAUAUCUACACAUCUACUAAAGCUACACAGUUACACACUGGCUAGUUCUAACCUGCACGUAACACUACCACAAACUUUUGUUUCAGUUAAUAAAUCCUGAAAAAGUCA